CACCCAGCGCGGCGUCAUUCCGCGCGGUUUCUUUGCUUCAGUUUGACGUACCUACGUAAAAGUUGUUUCGAGUUGAAAAAUUGUUGAUCGUAGGUGUUGAAACAGUUUUUAAGUGUUUAAAGGGUCUCGUGGAUAUGUUUUUGGGAUCUUGAGGUUAUAGGUACGAAGUGAUUCUACUCAAAGUUCGAAUUUCGUAGUGAUUGAAACGUGGUGCGUGCCGACUGCCGCUAUAUCGACCGCGCGUUUUUGUUUACAUACAGUUCCAUACCAUAGACACCAUAGACUGAUAUACGUAGACUAUCCGAUAUGGUCGGAUGGUUGGUACUCGGUAGCAAUCAAUCUAAAUCAAUAAGUAGUUUGAAAAUCAAAAUGUCGACAUAUUCGUUGGACGCGGAGAAGUUCAUCGGCGAAAUAAAGAAGCACAAACAACUGUGGGACGUGGACGCGGACGGCAAGCCGUACAGAAACACUGUCAAGGAGAAGGCCUGGUGCGCAGUGGCCAGGAUCUUCAUACAGGACUUCGACUCGCUCACUAGCCUCGAACAGGCCGAAGUUCAUCGUAAAUUGUACAACAAAUGGCGCAACAUACGCGACGCGUACGUCCGCAACAUACGGAGCACGCGCGUCAACAAAUCCGGCAGCUACGUGUUCAUGAAGCAGCUCUCAUUCCUCGACUCCCGGUACAAGGGCAAGGACACCAGCCGAUCCGACGACCAGUCCAACGACCAGUCCAGCGACGACGACCGCUCCAGACACGACAACUCCUGCGAGAGCGACGAGCCGUCCAUCAUCGAGAAUCUCAAACGACGGAGAGUUUCAAACAAGAAGAAGAAAAUAAACAUCGUCAACACACAUGCGGUGGAACAACACGAGCAAGACGAGAAGCCAAAAAAGUGGCAAACCAUAGAGAUUGUAGAUCCAGCGAUGACUUCCAUGCAGUAUUCGGAAUUCGAAAACCCAAUCGCCAUGCCUCGAGUCAACGACGAAAUCAGCACCGAUGGAAUAUCGGCAGCGACGUUCGACGAAGACCGUUCUUUCUUCGACUCUUUGCUGCCAGCGGUGCGAGAGUUUGAUAUGGAUCAAAAGCUGAAGUUCCGUUUCGAGGUUCUGAGAGUAAUAAAGGAUAUACGAUCGAGUAACCAGGCCAGUUGUAAACCUGAACCCUCCUCCGCGUAUUAUAUUGAGUAGUGGUGUUAGUGACAUUUCUUUGAUCAGCAUAGGCGUUAAGUAAAGAAGAAAGUUCAUCGGAUCUCUGUGUUUGUUGCCAAACAAAACAAGUUUUUGAUGAUUAAAUGUUGUUGUUUAACUGAAUAAUGUUUAUAAGAUCAUGUUGAGACUCGAGAGGAGUUCAUUCGUAGUGUGCUAAAAACCUUAGGCUGAUUUGAAUUAAUAUUCAACUAACCAAUCAAACUCGAUGAAAUUUUGUAGUUAUAGGAACUAAUAUCUGUACCUGUGGUUUUUCAGAAUUCUGUUAGAAAUAUUCAUAUAAAGUUACACAGUUUAAAUAGUUAUUUUUACGGAA